AUAAGAAAAAGAAGAAAAUAGGAAAAAACUAGGAUUUGCUCAGCAAAGCAAAAACAGGUGAGCUGAAAGACAGAGCAGAGAGAGCCCUACUCUCUUUCUCUCUCUCUCUCUGCCCCCGAUUCUAUUUUUUGCGCCAAUCAAAGUCUUCCCCCCCCACACACACAAAUCUCCAAAUCAAUCUCCCUCCUAAAAAUGCCAGCUUCCCCUUCCUUCCCAUCUUCAGACGGGCGCGGCAAAUGGAGGAAGCGAAAGCGGGACCCCCAAAUUCGCCGCCGCCCGCACGACGACGACGACGAUGAGGACGACGACGCCGCCGCGGCCGCUGCCGACGACAACAACGACCUCGACCACGACGACUCCGACCCUAGCGCCGCCGCCCCAGCACCCGAUCCCGCCCCGCACGAGACCGAGGUCCUCGACGGUGGGCUCCGCCACAACGAUUUCCCUCCCGUCGUUUUGCGCACCGUGAAUAGGCCCCACUCCUCCGUUCUCGCGCUUGUGGCGGUCGAGCGGGCCAACCACAUUAACUCCGCCAGCGACGGGAAGGGCCCGGUGAGUCCUCUGGUGUUGGAGAAUGUGUCGCACGGCCAGCUUCAGGCCUUGUCCGCCGUCCCGGCCGAUUGUCCGUCGUUGGAUCAGGACCGUCCGGAUGGCCCCAGUUCGGCUUAUGUCGUUACGCCGCCGGCGAUUAUGGAAGGCCGCGGCGUUGUGAAGCGGUAUGGGAGUAGAGUUCAUGUGGUUCCAAUGCACGCUGAUUGGUUUUCACCGGCUACAGUGCAUCGACUGGAGAGACAGGUGGUGCCACAUUUUUUCUCAGGAAAAUCACCAGAGUUUACUCCUGAGAUGUACAUGCAAAGUAGGAAUGAAAUUGUUGCCAAGUACAUGGAAAACCCAGAGAAGAGGCUUACAGUUUCUGAUUGCACAAAAUUAACAAGCCAUCUGAAUACUGAAGAUUUGACUCGAAUAGUUCGGUUUCUUGAUCACUGGGGAAUUAUCAAUUACUCUGCUGCCGCACCAAGUCCUGAGCCUUGGAAUGGUAAUUCCUACUUAAGGGAGGAGCAAAAUGGUGAGAUUCAUGUUCCAUCAGCUGCGUUGAAGUCGAUUGAUAGUCUGAUCAAAUUUGACAAGCCCAGAUGUAGGCUUAAGGCAGCUGAUGUUUAUAAGUCAUUGUCCUGUCAUGACGACGAUGAUGACACCUCUGAUUUGGACAACAGAAUUCGAAAACGUCUAUGUGAAAAUCAUUGCAAUUAUUGUUCUUGUUCUCUUCCCAGUGUAUGCUAUCAGUCACAGAAGGAGGUUGAUGUACUGCUCUGCUCUGACUGCUUCCAUGAGGGAAGAUAUGUUGUGGGCCAUUCAAGCAUAGAUUUCAUACGAGUAGAUUCAACAAAAGAUUAUGGCGAUCUAGAUGGGGAAAAUUGGACUGAUCAAGAAACCCUACUGCUGCUUGAGGCCAUGGAAAUCUAUAAUGAGAACUGGAAUGAAAUUGCAGAGCAUGUUGGUACAAAGUCAAAAGCGCAAUGCGUACUUCAUUUUCUACGUUUGCCUGUGGAGGAUGGCCUGCUGGAAAAUAUUGAAGUUCCAAAGAUGCCUCUGUCAUCCAACUCAUCAAAUAGAGAUGAUCAUGGCGGAUUUCAUUCAACUUCAAAUGGGAAUUCAGCAGGAUCCUGCCCACAAGAUGGUGAUUCUGAAAGCAGGUUCCCUUUUGCAAAUUCUGGGAAUCCAGUCAUGUCCCUGGUUGCCUUUCUGGCCUCUUCUGUUGGGCCAAGAGUCGCUGCAUCUUGUGCCCAUGCAGCCUUGGCAGUGUUGUCUGAGGACAAUGGCUUACCUGCUUCUGGAAGUAAUUUGCAGGAAGGAUCAGGAGGACAUAGGAUGAACUUGGAGAGCAUGCAUGGUCAAGGUGGCACUCAUAAAAAUAUUGCAAAUUCAGUUCAGCAGAAGGAUGAGAAAUCAGCAGGACAAGGUUCUUGGGGUAAAAAUGAGGCAGGGGCGACUCCAGUACCUGCAGAAAAAGUUAAAGCUGCUGCCAAAGCUGGCAUUGCUGCUGCUGCAAUAAAAGCAAAAUUGUUUGCUGAUCAUGAAGAACGGGAAAUUCAGAGGUUAUCUGCUAAUAUUGUAAAUCAUCAGUUGAAGAGAUUGGAGCUGAAGUUAAAGCAGUUUGCAGAAGUGGAAACUUAUCUAAUGAAAGAAUGUGAACAAGUGGAGAAGACAAGGCAGAGGAUGGUUGCCGAACGUACCCGUCUUAUAUCAACUCGGUUUGGUGCUGCUGGAGUUGCUCCACCCAUUAACUUAGCAGGUGUUGGUCCUUCCAUGGCCAAUAAUAAUUCUGGUAACAAUAGGCAAUCUUCGGCUUCCCAGCCAAGCGUAUCCGGAUACAGCAACAACCAACCAGUCCAUUCUCACAUGCCUUUCAUGCCACAACAAUCAAUGCUAGGAUUGGGACCGAGGAUGCCCUUGGCGUCCAUACAAGCCUCCUCAUCAGCUCCAAAUGCCAUGUUUAAUUCCCCAGGGACUGGUCGGCCGACUCUAAGUCAUCCGAUGCUGAGGCCUGUACCGGGUACUAGCUCUGGUUUAGGUUGAAAGAAAACGGGAUGUAAAUUGGGGCUUUUAAAGGUUAUUCCUUUUGGUCGUUGCUUUCUGCACUGAAAUCGAAAGGAAGGGAUAAGGAUAAAAUAGAUGUAAUUCAUUCAUGAUCCAUGCCACACUUUGUAGUGUUGUUCUAUAUAGGAAUAUCUUCGGCAGUUUGUAGGCCCUGUAUGUGCAUACCUUAAUUCUUAAAAUUGAUUCAGUCAAGAAGAAUUGCGUUGUGAAAAUGAGGCCAUUUUGUCUCCUUUCCCAUA